AUGAACCGGCUGUUCGGCUCCAAGGCUGCCAAGCCCAAGCCGUCGCUCAACGAUGCCAUCGCCUCCACCGAGUCACGCGCCGACGGGGUCGAGGUCAAGAUCCGCAAGCUCGAUGCGGAGCUCGCGCGGUACCGCGACCAGAUGAAGAAGAUGCGCGACGGUCCGGGCAAGACGGCGAUCCAGCAACGCGCCCUGCGCGUGCUCAAGCAAAAGAGACUCUACGAGAACCAGCUGGCGCAGCUGCAGCAGCAGUCGUACAACAUGGAGCAGGCCACCAUGACCACCGAGAACCUGCGCAACACCAUGGCCACGUUUGACGCCAUGCAGACCGCCAACAAGGAGAUGCGCAAGACGUACGGCAAGAUCGACCUCGACAAGAUCGAGUCCAUGCAGGACGAGAUGGAGGACCUCAUCGAGGCGGCCAACGAGGUGCAGGAGACGCUCGGUCGCAGCUACGGCGUGCCGGACGAGGUGGACGAGGAGGAUCUCCAGGCCGAGCUCGAUGCGCUCGCAGACGAUCUGGAUGCAGAGGAUGUAGGUGCGGAUGCGGUGCCCAGCUAUCUGCAGUCCAACCAGGAACUGCCAGACUUUGUCGAUGAGCUCCCCAACCACGCACAAGCAGAAGGCGCAAAUGCAGAGCACGGAGAGGCGCUCCGUGCGGCGUGA